CUCUUCUUUCGCUUUUCUGUUUCGAUCUCAAUUUCUCCCCAAAAAUUCUGUUCAAAUUCAUCGAGUCCUCAGCUUCCUCUAGCGCGCUCCUUCGAUCAGAUCUAACAUCGGAUCGGAGGUAUUAUGGCUCACAGAGUGGAUCACGAGUACGAUUACCUGUUCAAGAUCGUGCUGAUCGGCGAUUCGGGGGUCGGGAAAUCAAACAUCCUGUCGAGGUUCACGAGGAAUGAGUUUUGUCUGGAGUCCAAGUCGACGAUUGGGGUCGAAUUUGCUACCAGGACCCUUCAGAUAGAAGGUAAGACAAUCAAAGCUCAGAUAUGGGACACUGCCGGUCAAGAGAGGUAUCGUGCCAUCACAAGUGCUUACUACAGAGGUGCAGUAGGAGCACUCUUAGUCUACGACAUCACAAAGAGGCAGACCUUUGAAAAUGUCCUGAGGUGGCUUCGUGAACUCAGGGACCAUGCAGACUCUAACAUCGUCAUCAUGAUGGCCGGUAACAAAUCUGACUUAAAUCAUCUACGAGCAGUAUCUCCAGAUGAUGCCCAGGUUCUUGCUGAAAAGGAGGGGCUCUCCUUUUUAGAGACCUCGGCCCUUGAAGCUCUCAACAUUGAGAAUGCAUUUCACACUAUUCUUACUGAGAUUUAUCACAUAAUAAGCAAGAAGGCACUUGCUGCUCAAGAGGCUGCAAGCAACGCUCCUCCGAUUCAAGGGACAACCAUUAAUGUAACUGACUCUGCUGGGCAAAGGAGAGGUUGCUGUUCUACUUAAGGUUGUUUACUUUGGACCUGAAAAAUUGUGUAGAUUAUCUUUUGUUGUUGUUUUUUUUUAUGUUGUGGAAGGUAGGCUAUCACCACCAGGAAGGAAUUUUCGCUUAAACCAUGGACUACUUGUUUAGUGCAGAUUGGUUUGUCAUGAGACCCAAAAAAACAUUUUAGAGUAAACACAGAGCAAGUAGAAUUGUGGUUCCUUGUUU